AUGGCUCGUGGGUGGACCGUCGGAGGAUUCAUGUCAGCCUAUUAUCAGGCUCAACCCGGAGGGCUCUCUCGGGCCCGGAGGAUUUUAGACUGCUCAGGACGGCAUCGGGAACUCUGCCCUUCCCUCCAAGGGAAUUGGAGGGUUGAUUGGCUCGCGAUAACGACAGGCCAGGGAGGCCCCUCGUCCUCUCCUCCUUUCCAGGGCCACAUCUCUCUCAAGCUCUUCCAAGGCGCCAUCCUUCGGGGUAAUGACGAAGUAUCUGCAGCGUACGCAGAAUGCCACCUCUCGCCGAAAUCCCCCCUCCCGAUUCCGAGAAGAGGGGCGAAAUUCUAA